AUGACCCCUCUUCGUGGGAAAGUUGCCUUCGUCACUGGUGCUAAUGGCAUCACUGGAAAUGCCCUCGUUGAACAUCUGAUCCGCCAGCCGGAAUCAGAAUGGUCACAGAUCAUCAUCACCUCGAGGCGACGCCCCACCCAAGUCUUCUGGCAAGACCACCGAAUCCGAUUCGUUGCCUUGGACUUCCUGAGGCCGCUUGAAGAGUUGAUUGAGGCCAUGAGACCUUUUUGCCAUCACGUUACACAUGCCUUUUAUGCCUCAUAUGUUCAUUGCGCAGACUUCUCCAAGUUGCGAGAGUCCAAUGUGCCCCUAUUCGAGAAUUUCCUCAAGUCUAUUGACCAUGUGGCCGGCAACUCUCUUGAACGGGUCGUUCUACAUACCGGCGGAAAGCACAAUGGAGUCCAUCUCGGCCCCGUAGAGGUACCCAUCCACGAAGGCAUGCAACGGUACGAAGACCACGGAGAGAACUUUUACUACCCCCAAGAAGAUUUCAUGUUCGACUUGGCCUCAAGGCGCGGCUGGGACUGGAACGUCAUCCGACCCCAUGCCAUCAUAGGCUUCACACCCGCUGGGAACGGCAUGUCAUCGGCGCUGACCAUGGCUAUCUACAUACUCUGCUGCCGCGAGACGGGCGAGGUACCAACCUUCCCUGGCAACAAGUACUUCUGGAACUCGGUGGACGAUAGCUCUUACGCCCCAAGCAUCGCAGACAUGAGCCUUUGGGCAGCAACCGGCGAACAGACCAAGAAUGAGUCCUUUAUCCAUACCAGCGGCGAUGUCAUUGUCUGGAAACAUUUCUGGCCUAAGCUAACUAGUUAUUACGGUAUUGAGCUUCCCGAGGAGGCAUACGCGUGCGAGGCUGAGGGAGACGACCAGCGCAUGACACACAGCAUCCGCAUGGCAGACUGGGCCCAAGGCAAGAAGGAGGUCUGGCAACGGAUAGUGGCCAAGUACGGCGGCCACCCUGACGCUUUCGACUGGGGUACCUGGGACUUUUUCGACUGGACCCUGGGCAAGGCCUGGUACACGAUAGGCAGCGUGUCCAAGGCCCGGAAGUUUGGCUGGAGGCGGUACGACGACAGCCUGGACGUCUGGACACAGACGUUCCGCUCGUUUGAGAACGCGGGCAUCCUGCCUACUAUGAUGCCACGCCCCCCUGUCGAUAUCAACACGUUGCCUCGUCUCCCCAACCCUGCUGAUGUCGUCAAUGCGAAAUUGGCCAAACAGGCCGAGUCGGUGAAUGCUGCUCCGAACGUCGGGGACAAACCAGAGUCUAUUCAUGUCGAGACAGUCAACGGGCAUUUACCUUCGGCGUGUUUUUUGGGAGAAGUCUUCGGCCAUUACUCCAACGACUGGCUAGCCCGGCGCUACGUCAAGAAACAUGGUGGCGUCUACCAGCCCGAGGUUAGACUGUAUAUGAUCUACAUCGCGGCCGUGUGCAUGGCUGCCGGCCUUGUCGUCCUGGGCCAGGCGCUGCACCGCGGGCUGUCUCCUGCGGCUGUCGUCAUGGGCUGGGGGCUGCACACUUUCGGCACAAUGACCACGUCGGUCGCUGUCUCGGCUUACACGCUGGAUUCACACCCCGAAGCUCCUGCGGAAGUUUCUGGCUGGUCCAAUUUCGCUCGUGCCAUCGGUGGCUUUGGUGUUGGCUACUUCCAGCAGCCGUGGGGAGCCAAGGUUGGGUUGGACGUUAGCUUUGGCACGCAGGCCGCUGUCGUGGGUUUCGGUACGACCCUCGUUGCUCUUGUGCAUCGAUCUGGUCCCUGGCUCCGACUCAAGUCUGGGCCUGUGGAGUAG